AUGGAUUGCUUGGUGGCUUUUCGUGACUUUAUUUAUGCCUUUCAAGUGCAAUUUGUAUAUGAAGAGUUUCUCAAGUUCUGCCUUGAGGUAUACUCAAGUGUCUUGGCUGCUGCUAUUAGAGCCAACUCAGAGUCAACAGCAUCGAGAGUGGUGGUAGUACCAACCUCUACCAUUUCACCAACAAAGCCUAAAGAUAGCAAAGAUACAAACACGACGACAGUUCCUGAAAAUGUUGAUUCUCUCGUGUUUAUUGGUUUAUUAGAAGAACAGUUGGAGUGGAGGAAGUUGUCCUGUUAUCCUCCUAUGGACGUCUUGCGUCAUAUAUUGAAAUACAAACAACCUUUAUCUUACUAUGAAUUUGUUAGCUUGGCGGUGAAGUCAGAGAAAGUCAAUGAACACUUGGGUGGAUUGCCCUCGAGUGAGAAACUAUUCGCAUGCUCUCUGUUUUCAUCUACUUUUAGAAAACAAUCACAUACUUAG